GACUUCUCCCUCCAGGGAACACACAGUGAUCACAGUCACAAAGGCUUGGAUUCAGCCAAUGUCAUUAGCAGUUUUGUUUACUGUGAUGAUUGGUGACUGUUGGGACUGGAAACUGGGGAGUCGCUUGUCUGUGUUUCAUGACUAACUGUACUUCUCUCUCUCCCUCCUUCCCUCUCUCUUUAUCCCUCCCUCCUUCCCUCUCUCUUGCCUCCCUCCUUCCCAUCUUGCUUCCCUCCCCCUCAUCACUCCCACUCCCCCUUCCUCCCCCUUCCAGUCGGACUCGUAACCUGUCGGGCUCUCCCAGACCUCACCCUGUGAAGAAGGUCCACUUCAUCAAGAACAUGAGACAGUACGACACGCGGGGCAGCAGGAUCGUGUUGAUCUGUGCCAAGCGUUCUCUGUUUGCGGUGUUCUCAGUGUUGCCCUAUGGAGAGAGCGUUCACAUCAGUGACCCCAAAUUGGACAGACGUAGACAUUCAUCCGGGAACAUCUCUACCACUCUGGAGAUGCUGCCAGGUCUGGAGGGGUUUGAACAGGAACCCUACGACAAGACGGUAUCGUACGCCCAGUCUCUACCCGACCAAUGCUCUGGUCCGCCAGAAGACUGCCUCGGUGGACAUCACCCUGCAGGUGCCCCUCACCCUGCAGGUGCCCCUCACCCAGGUGACCCGGAACAGCAUCCCCGAAACUACACCCCGACUAGGCUGAACUCCAACGUGGGACUGGAUUUAGGUGUAGAUGACUUUGGAGACUAUGACCCCAACCUUCUGAGUGACCCCCAGUGGCCCUGUGGGAAACACAAGAGAGUGCUGAUCUUCGCCUCAUACAUGACGACAGUGAUAGAGUACGUGAAGCCGUCUGAUCUGAAGAAGGACAUGAACGAGACAUUUAAAGAGAAGUUUCCUCAAGUCAAGCUGACACUCAGCAAGAUCAGGAGUCUGAAAAGGGAGAUACGUACGGUGGGUGACGACUGCGGACUGCAGCCGGUCACCGUGGCGAUGGCGUUUGUUUACUUUGAGAAGCUGGUCCUCCAGGGACGACUCAACAAACGCAACAGGAAGUUGGUGUCUGCUGCCUGCGUGCUCCUCGCUGCUAAGAUCAGCAGCGACCUCAAGAAGCAGGACGUCACGCAGCUCAUAGAUAAACUGGAGGAGCGUUUCCGUAUCAGUCGGCGAGAGUUGAUCCCGUUUGAGUUCACCAUCCUUGUUGCCCUGGAGAUGGCUCUGUACCUGCCUGAGAGCACCAUCAUGCCACACUACCGACGCCUGGUGCAGCAGAACUAGGACCACGACCCCUGCCACGCCCACUGGGACAGGAGCCCCACCUACUAGGACUAAAGAUUGGACAUCAAUCAAUCAAAUUUAUUUCAUUUAUUUACAUCAGCCGAUGUCACAAAGUGCUGUACAGAAACUCAGCCUAAAACCCCAAACAGCAAGCAAUGCAGGUGUAGAAGCACGGGGGGGUGAAGGAGAGACAAAUUAAGGAGUUUAAAGGGAGCAGAGAUGGAAAGAAAGAAGAUGAGAGAGAAAUUAAGAGAGAGAUGAUGUAGGUAAAGGAUUAGUUAUGUCCCGUGACACCCAUGAAACCCUUAGCACUGACCACACUCUCAUAAUCAGUAACAAUACUGGUAUUGACCCUCCCGAGAAGCAGAAACGACACCUAUGAUGUCAUCAAACCACAGCACAUCUGUUUCUACACGUUCUAAACCUGAACCUGUCCAUGCUGCCAUAUUCCCCUAGGGGGCGGUCAAGUUCAGCAGUAGCAGUGGGAUCAAGUGUGAGGUGACUUUACCACAGGAAUACCAGUUAGCAACAUGAGUCGUGACUUUACCACAGGAAUACCAGUUACUAGUUAUUAACAUGAGUUGUGACUUUACCACAGGAAUACCAGUUAGCAACAUGAGUUGUGACUUUACCACAGGAAUACCAGUUAGCAACAUGAGUCGUGACUUUACCACAGGAAUACCAGUUAGCAACAUGAGUCGUGACUUUACCACAGGAAUACCAGUUACUAGUUAUUAACAUGAGUUGUGACUUUACCACAGGGAUACCAGAUACUAGUUAGCAACAUGAGUCGUGACUUUACCACAGGGAUACCAGUUACUAGUUAGCAACAUGAGUUGUGACUUUACCGGUAACCAGUUACUAGUUAGCAGUAAUACUUCUCUCUCUCCUGCCAAUGUGUUAAAGGGAAUACAAAUAACAUCGCACAAACAUUUAACCAAAAAUACAUUUAAUGUAUUUAUCCUUUCUGUGAUGUAUAUUUAUUAUAUUGUAUCAACGCAGCAUAAGGGAUAUUUUAUAUUAUAACCCUUGUAGCUUAACUCACAUAGGUCUUAUUAUCCACCUUUAGCCCUGUUUAUACUUGGUUCUAACAUGCGUCUGUUGUCCUGAUCUUGUACACAUUCUGAUUGUGACUAGCUCUUCCUGACCACUUCCAGAGGUAGUCAAAGAUGCAUCUAGUACGGAUACGGCCUUCAAGUGUCAACGUAUCCUGA